AGCGAAAAUCUCCGAGCUUAUUCAUCUAUUUUCAGUUUUUUUUAUUGCCGGAGGACGAUAAUUGUUCUAUUCUGAUCUGAAAUUCUUAUUGAGUUCGGUGUUUUUUUUUUUUGUUGUACUAUCGAGUAUUGAGGAAAAUCGAACUUGUAAAUCGACCAAUGUUGGACGAAAGCAAAUUCGAUGUGCAUUUGAAACUCUGGGCGCUAAGAAUUCCCAGGGAACUCUGUAAAUCCGCCAUUAAAAUACUGAACGGGUACUUAAUUGAUAGGCCCCGGAUUAAACCUGUGACGGAAGAUCCAACAUGUGAUAAGAAUCGGUAUGUUAUAUUAUCGGAAAAAGUUCAAUCUACAGAGUUGUCCGAAAUUCCAGAAAUGAAGCUUGAAGAGCUGAAAGGUUUAUGCGAGAUUGAACUAGUUCCUUAUUCACUAACUCUUGGAUAUUCUUAUUGGGGAACAGAUCAUGUACUGAAGCAGAUUCUGCCUCAUGGAGUGGAAGUGCCAUCAUCUUUUGAAACAAUAGGUCACGUAGCUCACCUUAAUAUACACGACGAAUUGCUCCCUUAUAAGGAAGUCAUUGCGAAGGUUAUUUAUGAUAAAAAUUAUCCGAGAAUUAAAACAGUGGUAAAUAAGGUGGGGUCGAUAACAAAUGAGUUUCGGGUUCCAAAGUUUGAAGUUCUGAAGGGAGAGAAUGAUAUGGAAACAGAAGUGAAACAAUAUGGAGCAACUUUUAAGCUUGACUACAGUUUGGUCUACUGGAACUCAAGGUUAGAGCAUGAACACAUAAGACUGGUUUCACUGUUCCAACCAGGAGAGAUAAUUUGUGACAUGUUCGCCGGUAUUGGUCCUUUUGCUAUUCCAGCUGCCCAGAAAGGCUGUAUAGUAUAUGCCAAUGACUUGAACCCGGAUAGUGUUCGAUAUCUGAAGAUUAAUGCAGAAAUCAAUAAAGUCGGUGAUCGUGUUCAUGUUCAUAAUUUGGACGCUAGGAAGUUCAUUUCUCAAUUGAUGACCGUGCCAGACAAUGAAUGUAAUUCUGAAUCUGUUGCCUCGGUGUUAAAAGCUUGUGAGAAAGUUCAGGUGGAGGAAGUCCAUGGUAGUGUUAAAACUAGCGAUGAAAGUGUAGAAGGCUCAAGGAGUGCUGAUGUAUCUGUUGCUGCUCUUAAAAGAUCCUCAGAUUGCUGUGAGAAAGAUAAUGGAAUAGCUGAUGAUGCUUCCAUCUGUGUAGCUGGUAAGAGAAAAGGAAACAGUAACAAGAGGUUGAAGGGGUCCGAAAUAUCUCAUGCUAAGACCUGGGAGCAUGUUGAUCAUGUGAUUAUGAACCUCCCUGCUUCUGCCUUACAGUUUCUCGAUGCAUUUAGGGGCUCGAUUCCGCUGAAGUACUGGAAGGGCUCCCUCCCUUGGAUUCACUGUUAUUGCUUCAUGCGAGCAAAUGAGAAUCAAGAGUUCAUCAUUUCGGUGGCCGAGUCUGCCUUGAAUGCUAAAAUCCAAGACCCUAUUUUUCAUAGAGUCAGAGAUGUUGCACCAAACAAGGCAAUGUAUUGUUUAAGCUUUAGGCUUCCACAACAAUGCUUCAACGAAGAGUUAGCUAGCUGAAUCGUAUCCGUUGCAGUCGGUCGGGAUGCUUACUAAGCCAAGUUUUCAGAUUCAUAUGUGGUAAGUUUCUUAGUUCUGAGUUCGUAAUUCAUAGUCGUUAACAAGAUAUAGAUGUACAAGCUAGGUAUAUGUUCGAGUAGACAAGUUUUUAGUCUCUAUAUUUCUAGCUCUGGUUCAUAUCGGUCACUGUCAUUCAAAACGUUAAUUUUUGUUAUUGUAUCCUCUAGCACUGGUUCA